AUGGCUCCUGGUAAUAUCCAUAACACCAGGGCAGCCACAGAGGGCCAUAGUGAGCUCAAACUCGUCUCAUGCCGCUUUCUCCGUUUGCUGCAAGGCCAUAGAUUACAGGCCUUCCAACCUGCAGCAACAUUAGCCUCUGACAUGGAUCCCUAUGUCCUUUUGACUCUAAGGACCCAAGAGAAGAAAAGCAAUGUGGUCUCAGGACAAGGAUCUGCACCAGAAUGGAAUGAAACCUUUGUAUUUACAGUCUCUGAUGAUGUCUCCGAACUUCAUUUGAAAAUAAUGAAAAAGGAUAAUUUCAGCGCAGACGAUUUUGUUGGAGAAGCAACCAUUUCAUUAGAGCCCAUUUUCACAGAAGGUAGCAUUCCACCAACUGCAUAUAAUGUUGUCAAUCAGGACAAAGAAUACCGUGGAGAGAUUAAAGUUGGACUCAGAUUCACUCCUGAGCCUGAGCAAAACGACAUUGCAUCUGGGGAAUAUGGAAGAAACGACGGUCCAUCUGGGGGAUACGGAAGAAACGACGGUCCAUCUGGGGAAUAUGGUGGUUCCGAGGAGGGCUAUGGUGGAUGGAAACAAUCAUCUUACGCUGAGGAGUAG